AUGGAUGGGCAGGUUGCAUUCGGAUCGACGACUGGACAUAUUGCACUCCCCGGCGCCGGUGUUGAACAGGGCGAGACGCUGAACGUGACGGUUUCUGACAGUCGCCCACCAGCGACAGCGACACGACCCCUCUUCAUCAUCCCCUUCGAGCGCAACAACAUUGUUGACUGCCCUGAUGUCUUCGCCAAACUCGACGCUCUCCUCCUGCCCGUCGCUGAAAAACAGAGCGCCGCUCUCUGGGGCUUGGGAGGCUCUGGGUAG